CACCCCCGGUGUCCGCAUUCCCCCCACCCCUCUUUUUCCUUUUUGGCUGGACUCUGCGCGAGCUGGAAGCGAACAAACUGAAACCAUGAAGCAGGAGCUGUCGGCUUCGGAGAUGCCCGCUGGUAACUGACCGCCGGGAGGCAGCCGGGGGACUCGGGCUCUCCGGGAUCGCACCCUCUCCCUCCCGCCCCCGCCCCGCUCUUGCGGACCUGCUCCCAACUUGCCGCCUUGUCUCCCGCCGACCUGCUCCCUGGCUGGCACGCCGAGGGGGACGCCCGGAUCCGGCUCGCCGGCCUCCCCCCGUCCUCCCAAACAUAGCGCCCCUCCUGGCGCCUGGCCGCCCCCUUGAGCUCCGCGCACCCUUCUCGGGCGCCCGCCGGCUCGGAUCGCCGCGCCGCCGCGCCGAACCUGCUUGGAGCUCGGCAUGGACGGGGCGGCUCGGAGGGGGGCCCUGGCCGCGCUGCUGCUGCUACUGCUGCUGGCCGCCUGCUGGCUAGUGCUGGGCGCCGGAGCCUCGCCGACCCCUCCCGGAGCCGCCCCGCAGCAGGACACUUGCACCUCGUGCGGCUUCCGGCGGCCUCCCGAGGAGCGCGGGGCCGUGGACGGCGAUUUCCUGGAGGCCGUCAAGCGGCACAUCCUGAGCCGCCUGCAGAUGCGAGAGCGGCCCAACAUCACCCACGCCGUGCCCAAGGCGGCCAUGGUCACGGCGCUGCGCAAGCUGCACGCCGGGAAGGUGCGCGACGACGGCCGCGUCGAGAUCCCCAGCCUGGACGGCCAGGCGAGCGACGGCCCCGCGGCGCACGAGCAGCUCUCUGAGAUCAUCAGCUUCGCCGAGACAGAUGACCUGGCUUCCUCUCGAGUGCGCCUCUAUUUCUUCAUUUCCAACGAAGGGAAUCGGAACUUGUUUGUGGUUCAAGCCAACCUGUGGCUUUACUUGAAGCUGCUUCCAUAUGUCUUGGAGAAAGGCAGCAGGCGAAAAGUAAGAGUCAAAGUGUAUUUCCAAGACCCGGACACUAGCAGCAAGUGGAAUGUGGUUGAAAAGAAAGUUGAUCUCAAAAGAAGUGGCUGGCACACAUUCCCCAUGACAGAACCAAUCCAGGCUCUGUUUGAGAAAGGGGAAAGAAGACUGAACUUGGAUGUUCAGUGCGAAGGCUGCGAAGAGUAUUCAGUGCUGCCAAUUUAUGUGGACCCCGGGGACGAGUCUCACCGGCCUUUUUUAGUGGUGCAAGCCCGGUUGGCUGACAACAAGCACAGAAUCCGGAAAAGAGGCCUGGAGUGUGAUGGCAGGACCAAUUUAUGUUGCAGGCAACAGUUUUUCAUUGACUUCAGACUCAUUGGGUGGAAUGACUGGAUCAUAGCGCCACAUGGUUACAAUGGGAAUUACUGUGAAGGGAGCUGCCCGGCCUAUUUGGCUGGUGUCCCGGGCUCAGCUUCCUCUUUUCACACCGCAGUGGUGAAUCAGUACCGCAUGCGAGGGCUGAACCCAGGCACCGUGAACUCCUGUUGCAUCCCGACCAAACUUAGCUCGAUAUCCAUGCUGUACUUUGAUGACGAAUACAACAUCGUGAAGAGGGACGUUCCCAAUAUGAUUGUGGAAGAAUGUGGUUGCGCCUGAUUUGGGGAAAGGGGUGUGUUUGACAAGGGACAGGAGGCCUAGGACAUUCCCAUACAGAAAUGGAAUUAGAAGGGUGGUUUUUUGCUGCAUAUUCUUCCAGGCAUAGAUGUUGUUGUUUUUUUGAAAAAAUCACCACAGAGAGGCAACAGCAGCAAGGAGCAGAGAUUUCAACAGCAGCAAAGAUAUGUGUUUUGUUUCACUCUGUUGUCAGGGCCGUGGCAGUUCGUGGUUCUCGGACACUAAAAUAUGCUACCACUUAUAGACUAAUGCUAUGAAGUACCUUAAUCCCACCCACACACCCAAGGACACAAAGCACACAGAGAGAGAGAGAGCGAUACACACAAACACACACGGUUGCAUGAUGCAGAUUGGAGGACAGAAGCAAGUUUAAACAAAGAAAAGAAAGGGAGUUAAAUGUCUGCCAGUGAUUAAAAACACAAUACAGUGGGCCAAUAGUCAUUUCAUCUGUCAGCCAGCCAGCCAGCCAGCCAUGUGUUUAGAAUGAAACCACUGGGAAGCACAAAAAGAGAAAGCAGUCUAAUAUAUUCGCAUACGCAGGUAUUUAAGUGACCAAAUGACCAAUCUUCACCUCUAAGGUCUAAAAAAGGGGAAGGAGUAGCAGGCUACCUGAUUUACAGCAUGACGAGCCCUUCCUCUUGAGGUUAAACAUAAUGUGUAUAUAUAUAUAUUUUUAAAGAAAUCACAAAUGGCCUAUAGCACUUCCAGAGUAGAAUAUUGCUACGAGAGAAAUAUACUUAAGCAAGCAAGUACAUGAGCUUAAUAUAAUCACAGUUGCUGUAUUCUUCUGAAUGGUAUGUUGGCAUGAUUUCAUGCUUUUAAUGGGCUAUGAGAUACUCACAUCCUCACCCCAUGUGGGAUCGGUAUCCUGGCCGCAUCAUCUCAAAAAGGGCUUGGGUCCACCCUAUCCCCAUUUUUUUGUUCGCUGUUCAUCUCGACAGUCUUCACCUUCUCAGAACAUCGGAGACAUCAAAAGUUGCAGCUUGUGUCCCGCGUCAGGGGAAUCGGCAAGAGCACGCUUGGAGCGGCUGGGGAGGAGUAACAGGGAGAAGAGGAAAUGUAUAGUAGUGAUGAAUUAUAGCCACACAGUGGAUACAUUUCGAGGGAGUGUAUGCGGGUGUGGAAAUGCAAGGCGUUUUGUAAAGGUUGAGGAACAUUGGAAAAG